AUGGCACUAUUGUCACAUAAGGAACUAAUUGUUCCAAAAUAUAGGACAGCUAAGUACAAACAUAGCACUGGGUUUCUUAUAAAUUACAUCUCACUGAAGAUGUAUUACAUAUGUAUUCAUAAUAAUACCAGAGAUGUAACAAAAGAAGAAUAUCUGUCUCAGUUGAAAGAUCUUGGAAUAAGUGAAUAUUUUUUCAUGUUCCAAGGUGCAAGUCAAGAUUUUGCCACGAAAAAGCCAAAAGAACAUACAUAUUUAUUGGAAGUGAUUAGUGGGUCUGUGUCAUUCAAGGAGGAAUAUGACAACUUAAAUAAUCGGUUACAAGACACUUUGGAAACAUUAAGCUCCCUGCGAGCCCAGAAGAAAAUUGUUGAUUCAGAACUUAAAAAUUGGAAGAGUAAAUUAGAUGAUGCUGCAGAGCUCGAAGAGAUCCAGCUUGCAUUGAAGGAGAAAAAACUGAAAUUAAUGUUACUUAAGUUGUAUUAUAACUGCAAGAAUAAAAACAUACUUAGAAGCCAAAAAGAUCUUAAAGUUCAGCAGCUUAGCAGAUUGGAACAAGAAGAUACAAAUGACGUUGAAGAAUUAAGAAAAUUGAAGUGUGAACAUCAGACCCUGUCAGAAAAUUUGAUAGAGCUGCAGAACGAGGAACAAUUGAAGGAAAAUGAAUAUAAAGAUUUACAUUCUAAGAUUGACAAAGUAAGAAUGAAUUUGGAAGUGUUGAAAGAUAAAAUCACUGACAACAGAAAACAACUGAAAAGAGCAAGAAAUGUAGAUGAGAAAUGUCAGUAUCAAGUUAGUGCUUUACAAGAUGCUAUUAAUGAAUUAAUGAGAGAGUUACAAGAACUAGAAGAGCGGACACCAUCUGAAGCUGAUCUUCAUCAUCUGACAGAUGAAAAGGUACAAGAAUAUUGCAGGCUUAAGUCUUUAGUGGAAGUGCAGGCUGCAGAAUACUUUUCAAAGUUGAGAAGCUUGGAGGAUGAACAAGCGAGAGAUCAAAAGAUAACUGAUGAUGAAGUCAGCAGUUCUUACAGUGAAAAAAAGAAACUUCAAGAAUGUGUGUUACGAAGCAAACAAUUAGAGGAUAAACAUCAACAAUUCAGUGAACAUUUAUGUGAAUUUCAUACGAGACAUGCUGAAAUGUUGCAGGUGAGUGGUUACUGUAUAGCAACAAAUUACUCCGUAUCUAUCGUGGAAGAAGAUGGUUUGUAA